UUGUUGCCUUUAAGUUUCUCCCUUCCAGGAUAAAUUUCGCGGUUCUUUGCGGCAGCUGUCAAUCAAACCUGUCCGGUCUUUUUUUUCCAGUGGAGAAACCUAAAACAUGGAGAGGUUUGUUACAACUGUGAAGUGCCUCACAGAGAACUUGCUGCAGAAACAAUCAACAGAUUAUGAUGAGGUGAUAGAGAAACUCUUCUCUGAAGUCUCUGGCCUAGAGGAUUUCCCCAAAAUACCAGAUCCACAGCUUGAGGAGUGUGCUAUCCAGUUGUGGAACUGGGCAGUUACUAAGAACGUGGGCACCGCUAUAAGUAAAAAUCAGAAAGCCAAAGUGCGUCAUGUUGCAUGCAGCCUGAUGUACUGCUGUGAGCCUGACAAUCCAACAGAGGGCAACAGCCGCAAGCAGAUCCUGAUGGCCAGUAAAACAGGGAGAACCUGGCUGGACUGCAAAAAUCCCCAGAUGGCAGAUAUCAUCUUGAGGCUUGCUGUUAAGAGCCUGGAAACCCUCUACAGCCAACUAACCAACAGAGCUGAUGGAGCAGCUGACAUCACUUCAUCCAAGGGGGAUGUGGAGAAGGAUCUGCUUCGAAUUCUUUCAUGCCAGGCAGAGUCGGCUUUAAGUCAAGGAAAUAACCAUGAUGCAGUGAUCUAUAUGCAGCGCUGUAGAGACAUGCUGCAGCGGCUACCAAAAGACACUGGAUACCUCUCCCUUAUGUGCUACAAUUUUGGAAUAGACACUUACAAUCUGAGACAAUUUGAAGACAGUGCCUUUUGGUUGAGUCAAAGCUAUGACAUUGGGAAAAUGAAUGUGAGAUACGCCCCCGGACCUGAUGACUGUCAGAGGUUUCAGGAGAAGGCUCUUAAUGCCGUCAGCUUAGCCAACAAGGAAUGCAUGAGUGUCUCUGGGUUGUACUUAAAGAUCAGAAUACUCUUGAGAUGUGGGGCCUCAGAUGAUCGUAUCAGAGCAGGACUUAAUGAGAUGCUGGAAUCUGAGGUUUCUCUUGAAGUGUGUCUGAGCACAGUGAAACUACUCGUGUCUGAAGACAGAGAAGUGCUGGCAUUUGAGUAUUUGAAACGUGUGUGCCAGCGCUUUGAGUUGUCCCCUGACCUGGGAACUGCACUUAUCCUGCAUGUGGAGCUGCUGUUGCAGAGAGGCAAGGAGCUGCUGGGCAAACAGAAGAUAGAGGAUAUUAUCACUGGCCAUUAUACAGGAAAACAGCUGACUCCACAGGCCCUCACAAACCUUCAUGUCAUCCUAUGGGAUAAAGCGUCCAAACACUUUGAGGCCAGGAACUAUUCUGAGGCUCUGCAGUGGUAUAAUUACUCCCUGAGUUUCUAUAAGUCAGGUCAAAUGGAGCCCAACUUAGCCAAACUGCAAAGGAACAGAGCUUCCUGUUUCUUGCAUCUAAAGCAAAUGGAAAAGGCGAAGGAAGCAGUUAAAGAAGCAGAGAGGUGUGAUCCUGACAACAUUUUCACUCAGUUCAGUGUUUACAGGAUUGCAGUGCAGGAGAACAAUGUGAAGAAAGCUGCAGAGGCAGUGAGUGCAAUGGGACUUCUGUCCAAGAGCCCUGUAGCCGAUGAAGACACACUGCUGGUAGCUGAGAAUGCAGCUUCCAAUCUCCUCAGUCUGGCUGCUCAGAUCGCUUUGGAGAAUGAACAGCAGGAGACUGCAAUGAGGGCACUGGAGAGUUUAUGUGAAACCUCUAAAGAUGAAGCUCAGGUUCUGACAGCUCUCAGGUGUUUGGUUCGACUUGUGCUCACUACAACAGAAAAAUUGAGUGAUGAGAUGAGAAAUGUGAAUCUGGAUGUCCUGCUGCCAUAUCUGAAAAUGGCUCUGCAGAAGGUUUCACACCAGUCCCACAUGACUGUUGAGCAACGCACAGAAGAAGCUAAUUGGUUCAGAAAGAUUGCUUGGAACUUAGCUUUACAGUGUGAGAGCAACCCUGAAAGAAUGAGAGAUUUCUUUGUGCUCUCUUACCAGCUCUCCCAGAUGUGUCCUCCUGAUCGCACACUGCUCAUGGGCCAAAAGACAUGUCUGCUCAUGGCUGCUGCUGCCUCUCUGGAGCUCUACAGGAAGUCCCCCUACGCUGCUCAGACUGAGAAGCUCACUCAGGCUCUGGAGUACAUUCAGAUCUGCUGGGAGGUCUGGAAAACCUUGAAAGCAUCAGGAAGUUUCCCAAAGGACCCCACCGAUACACUGCUGCUGCUGUAUGAAUUUGAAGCUCGUGCUAAGCUGAAUGACCCCAAAGUUGAGACAGUACUGGAGUCUGUCCUGGAGCUUGAAAAUGUUGAAACCAAGGUGCUGGAGACCAUUGCAGCCUUAGCCAUGGAGCCUCCAGCUCACUUUCCUCUGCUGUGUAAGAAGGCCUUGAGGGUUGCUCUCUCCCUGAACAAGAAACAACCACAGGCUGACCUGGCCCGCUGCAGUAAGUGUGUCCACAGCCUGAUCAAGCUGUCCCUCCCGAGCGGAGUGUCAGAGGUGGAGGCCCAUGUGCUUGAGGAGGUGUGGGAGUACUACGAGGAGGCCCUGUCCAUCAUUGCAACUGCACCGGAUGACUUCCCAGAGAUGGAGACCCUGUGGUUGCUGACUCGGGCUUGGAACACAGGGAUACUGCUGUACAGCUUGGCUCAGUAUCCUGAGGCCGAAAAGUGGUGUGGCCUUGCCAUGAGCUUCGUCCGCCACCUGCGAUAUCUGCAGGAGAGCUAUGAGACUCGGAUGUCUGGUCUGUACAGCGAAAUCUUGGACAGGUUGGACAAAGCCAAGAAGAACCACAUCAUGGAAGAAUAAUCAAACUGGGACAGGUCAGCUGUUUUCUGCCUGGUGUGAAAAGCCUGUUCAGAGAAUGAAGUUACAAUGAUUCAAUUCCAUCAGUUUGUCUGUGGUAAAUGUUAUUAAUGCUGUGGUAAAAUAUUAAUUGAACACUCCAGUUUGACAAAUUGUUUCUAUCCCUCUGUAUAACUGGGUCAUCCUAGUACCUAGUGGUUAAGACACUACCACAGUUGUUCCUGGUUUGAUUUCGUCCGCUCUACUGUCUUCACGAAGUUAAAAUGUUCUUUUCUUCUCUUAUAAAAAAAAAAAGUGUAGCUGUAAUAAUUCUAAUAUUUUCAAAGCCACUGACUUGGUUAAAGUGGAAUAACAAGCACAUCAAAAAUCAUAACUGAGUCACAUAUUUUAUUUUCAAACAAAUAAACUCUUGUCAAGUCCCAAAAUAAAACCCAAAGAAAAGUUGCAGGACUGUGUUCCCUCAUGACUAGGACAAGGAAGACCAUGUGGCCAAGUGUCCUGAUAGGCUGUACCACCUGCAGUGACAGGAAGGAAACUACUGUACAAUCAAAGGGUUCAUGUUUGCAAGCACUUACUGCACAGAUGUGCUAUAACAUAAAACAUCACCCAAAAGUACAAACAAGAACCCUGACCCCUUCCCACCCGAAAAAUAAAAGCAUAUAUGUCGUUUCUCUCAUCAGAACAAAGACCCUCAGUUAUACACACACACACAGAGGCAUUCAGGUUCCAUCUUGUAUUAUACCACAACCUCAUAAAGUAAAGUGUAAAAUGAAAUCAAGUUCUUUGGGCUUUGACAUGGCUGACUGAGGUAUGAAUUCCACACACAUUGUUAACAGUCAGCUGUAUUCAACUAAACACCAGAGAGGACCAGUUCUAAACUUCUAAUGAUGUAUUGAUCAAUGCCCCUGAAUUCUCUGAUAUUGUGUAGGUUUCUGCCUGCAUAUCUUUUAAAUUAUUUUACAAUAUAUAUUUUUUUUAAAUCUAUACACCCAGACACGUUCCACAAGAAAUCACAUGUAGACAGGCCCUACUUGAGAGAACGGUGUUCCCAACUGACUAGUUAAGUGUUCUGAUAGGCAUUUGAAGAGAAAUAACAAUACAGCACAUCUGUAUGGAAAAAUUAUAUCUCAAGAGUAGCUCAAACUUUACUUACCUGACAUUUGUGGUCUAUAAAACAUGUUUGUCCCAGUCUGAUUCACACAUGCAUGAAGCACAGGUGAGGGGGAAUCUGCUGGGGGCUUAUUUACAUUGUACAGCUACCACACCCUUUGAAACAGUCUGCAAGCAGUUUAUAAAUGGCUCUGAUCCCUUCAGUUAUUCCCUGAACUCUGGUUUUGACGCAGGUAAUGACAGCUGGUUUAGCAGUGGUGCCUGGCAGGUGGGCACACCUGUUCAGAAGAUGCCUGCAGGUACAGGUGCUCUGUGGGUGGGAGAGCGCAGGGUACCCAGAGGUCUAGGUUACCACUUCCUGUUCGGUCUGGCUCUCCGAGGAGGAGAAAAAAAAAAUCCUUUGUACUCUUUAAUAAAAAGCUAAGGAGGAAAGCGAAAACGUUCACAGGAUCAGUGGCCACAGUGUUCUUUCUUCAAGUGUGCCCUCUCACAUGCACACGAUCUGCAUGGGAGGGUGGGACAGAUAGAUUCCAUCCUGGCGAUGCCAAAACACAGCUACCUUCAAAGGUUAUCACACUGAUGGCCUUCAACAAACUCCCCGCCUCAUGAAAAAAGAGAAGACACGUAAUAAAACCUGAUUACACUGUUUAACUGAGCCCGCGAGUACUUGUUCGUGCUUUGAAGCCUUCGUGUCAUCGCCUGAACAUAGCCUUUCAGUCGCAGGGGAAAUGGUAUCUGUACGUUAAAAUUCCUGAGCUGGUCUAGCUCACCCCAGACACACUAAGAGCUCAACACAGUGGUGCAGCACCUGCCAACAACAGACUCAGUUCAUAAGUUUAUAGAUACACAAAGCAUAUAGGUUUAAUCAAACCCAACUUCAGUGUCGUUUUUGGUAGGGGGACAAUUCAUAACAGGUUAUACUGACUCUUUAAUUGUUAGGACAUCCAAUACAAUUAUUGUCUUGUUCUACCUGUUUUAAUGCCACUGUCACGGUGGCAGAUAGGACAGUACCAUGUGACCAUUUAAUCAGAAGAGAAUCCUUUUGGAAGGCAGAGAGUGUAAUAGGGUGGUCUGCUGCUCAACAUGAGUUAGGAGGCUCUGGCUGUCCAAAUUGUAAUCAAAUGGCCAAAUUAAGGCUGAAACAUGGGGGAGAAAAGGUGCCAACAGAAGUGAGACUUUGUUUAGUAUAUUGCACUCGAGUCAGGCCUCCUGGCAAUUGGAGG